AUGUCGGCGACGGGGUCGAGCCUGCCGGACUGCGCGCACGCUUGCGGGCCGUGCUCGCCGUGCCGGCGGGUGAUGGUGAGCUUCGAGUGCUCGGUGGCGGAGUCCUGCCCCAUCGUCUACCGCUGCAUGUGCAGAGGGAGAUAUUACCAGGUCCCCUCCAACUGA